GUAUCUAACCAAUUACUCUCCUAAUGUUUCACAUCAGAAUAGUGCUAGUUGAUGAAAGUUACUUCGGGAUCAAGAAAGGUAAAGUCAAAUUUAUUUGGGUUAUUCGCUCAAUUCCAAUCGAAUGCACUGGAUCUAGUAUAGUAUGAAUUGGCGAUCAGAACAUAUAUGGAUAGAACUUAUAACGGGGUCUCGAAAAACGAGUAAUUUUUGCUGGGCCUGUAUCCUUUUUUUAGGUUCACUAGGAUUCUUAGUGGUUGGAACUUCCAGUUAUCUUGGUAGGAAUUUGAUACCCGUAUUUACAUCUCAGCAAAUCAUUUUUUUUCCACAAGGGAUCGUGAUGUCUUUCUACGGGAUCGCGGGUCUAUUCAUUAGCUCGUAUUUGUGGUGCACAAUUUCGUGGAAUGUAGGUAGCGGUUAUGACCGAUUCGAUAGAAAAGAAGGAAUAGUGUGUAUUUUUCGCUGGGGAUUUCCUGGAAUAAAUCGUCGCAUCUUCCUUCGCUUCUUUAUGAGAGAUAUCCAAUCAAUCAGAAUAGAGGUUAAAGAGGGUCUUUAUACUCGUCGUGUCCUUUAUAUGGAAAUCAGAGGCCAAGGAGCCAUUCCCUUGACUCGUACUGAUGAGAAUUUUACUCCACGAGAAAUUGAACAAAAAGCUGCCGAAUUGGCCUAUUUCUUGCGCGUACCAAUUGAAGUAUUUUGAAACGAACUGAAGUGAAGAAUAAAAUGAAGAAUAAAUAUUUUCUCAAGAUGGGGGAAGGAACUUGCUAAUUCCUCUUUUAAUACAACUGAAGUUUCUUCAUUCUUUUAUACUAGAAAAAGGUCUAAUCUAACUAACGAAUCUAAUCUAAUAAGUAUAGAUAUAAAUUCAUCAAACCUAUCCGAACAUGUAUUUCGUAAUACAGAAUUCAUCUUUUUAGGCCCAAGAUUUGGAAUUGAUACCCUUUUCUGGUUAGACGGUGAAACAUUUCGAAAGAAUUAAUUGAUCCAGGGGGAGUUUUUUCGUCUCGAAACUCGAUUCGUUACUUCAAGUGGGUUUUCGAGUAUUCAUCGAAAGGAACAAAUGAAAAUAAAAUUGGUUCAAAUUUGCCCAAUUGAGAUAUCUGGAAUAAUAUUUAUUUCUUUUUUUCUCAUUUUCAUCCGAAAAGAACUCUUAUUCUAUGUCUAUAUUCCUUCUAAAUCAAAAAAAAAAUAAAAUUAUUACACAAUAAUAGGAAAGGAAUAGACCCAUAGGUCAAUACCUUGUUAUACAACUCGUGCUUCAAAGAAAUAUCAGAUCAGAUAGAGUCAACGAAUGAAGCAGGUUCAUUAACAAUUCAAUUCACAGAAAAAAAAAAAUGAAAAAAAAGAAAGCAUCGGCCUCCCUCCCAUAUCUCGCAUCUAUAGUAUUUUUGCCCUGGUGGGUCUCUUUCUCAUUUAAUAAAUGUCUGGAACCUUGGGUUACUAAUUGGUGGAAUACCAGGCAAUCCGAAAAUUUUUUGAAUCAUAUUCAAGAGAAAAACGUUCUGGAAAGAUUCAUAGAAUUAGAAGAACUAUUCCUAUUGGACGAAAUGAUAAAGGAGUACCCGGAAACGCAUAUACAAAAACUUCAUAUAGAAAUACACAAGGAAACAAUACAAUUAGUCAAAGCACACAAUGAAUAUGAUCUCCAUAUCAUUUUGCAUUUCUCGACAAAUAUAAUCUGUUUCGCUAUUCUAAGUGGUUAUUUUAUUCUGAGUAAUGAAGAACUCGUCAUUCUUAAUUCUUGGGUUCAGGAAUUCCUCUAUAACUUAAGUGACACAAUAAAAGCUUUUUCUAUUCUUUUAGUUACUGAUUUAUGGAUCGGAUUUCACUCGACCCAUGGUUGGGAACUAAUGAUUGGUUCGGUCUACAACGAUUUUGGAUUGGAUCAUAACGAUCAAAUUAUAUCUGGUCUUGUUUCCACUUUUCCAGUUAUUCUAGAUACAAUUGUGAAAUAUUGGAUCUUCCUUUUUUUAAAUCGUGUAUCUCCUUCGCUUGUAGUAAUUUAUCAUUCAAUGAAUGAAUAAAGAACUCAUUUGAUCUUAUUAUAUCAAUCAAAUCAGAAUCUUUCUUCGUGUAUAAAGAAAGUAUUUUCAAUUUGACUUAAUUCUUUAUACUUUUAUCUGUUCAAGGUAUUCGUCCUAUAUUCCAGUACAAUUAUUCCAGUACAAUGACAGACUCGUGUAUAGGGAACUAUACUAGCUACCUAUCUAAUUUAUUGUAGAAAUUCGGGGAUCAAUGAUUGGACAUGCAAAAUAAAAAUACUUUUUCUUGGGUAAAGGAAGAGAUGACUCGAUCCAUUUCUGUAUCGAUCAUGAUAUAUGUAAUAACUCGGGCAUCUAUUUCAAAUGCAUAUCCCAUUUUUGCGCAGCAGGGUUAUGAAAACCCGCGAGAAGCAACGGGACGAAUUGUAUGUGCCAAUUGCCAUUUAGCUAAUAAACCCGUGGAUAUUGAAGUUCCGCAAGCUGUGCUUCCUGAUACUGUAUUUGAAGCAGUUGUUCGAAUCCCUUAUGAUAAGCAACUGAAACAAGUUCUUGCUAAUGGUAAAAAGGGGACUUUGAAUGUGGGGGCUGUUCUCAUUUUACCCGACGGAUUCGAAUUAGCCCCCCUUGAUCGUAUUUCUCCUGAGUUGAAAGAAAAGAUAGGAAAUCUGUCUUUUCAGAGUUAUCGUCCCAACAAAAGAAAUAUUAUUGUGAUAGGUCCUGUUCCCGGUCAGAAAUAUAGUGAAAUCGUCUUUCCCAUUCUUUCCCCCGACCCUGCUACGAAGAAAGACGUUCACUUCUUAAAAUAUCCCAUAUACGUAGGUGGGAACAGAGGAAGGGGUCAGAUUUAUCCUGAUGGUAGCAAAAGUAACAAUACAGUCUAUAAUGCUACAUCAGCAGGUAUAGUAAGCAGAAUAGUACGUAAAGAAAAAGGGGGAUAUGAAAUAACCAUAGUUGAUGCAUCGGAUGGACAUCAAGUGGUUGAUAUUAUACCUCCAGGACCAGAACUUCUUGUUUCAGAGGGUGAAUCCAUCAAGCUUGAUCAACCAUUAACAAGCAAUCCCAAUGUGGGAGGCUUUGGUCAGGGAGAUGCAGAAAUAGUGCUUCAAGACCCAUUACGGGUCCAAGGUCUUUUGUUCUUCUUGGCAUCUGUUAUUUUGGCACAAGUUUUUUUGGUUCUUAAAAAGAAACAGUUUGAAAAGGUUCAAUUGUACGAAAUGAAUUUCUAGGUGCAGAGAUUCCUUAACAUCAAGUUGGUAAAAAGCGCCGAAUUUUUUUUGAUCCAUACAAUUAUGUAUGAUCAAAAAAUCUGUAAACCUUUUUGGUUGCUUUGUUUAUACUUUUUUUUCGUUUUGCGGGAUGUCUGGAAUUCAUUACUUGUAUCCUAUUCUUAGUAAUAGACAAUAGACAUACAAAGAAAGAGAAUACAGAGCAAGGAUGGGAAAAAUGAAAGAAAGAAAUCCUUUUAGGAGGGAUUACUAGUCUUACGAGUCUUCUAUUCGACACAAGAAAAGGGCGGAAAAUCCUUUUUCUUGUGUCGUCUUAUAUCGAAAUAAUAAUGAUUUUUUCUCCUGUUCGUCAAAGAUUACCAUUCCUUCUUUUCCGGGUCCACCAGAACUCUUUUGGUUAGAUUCAUAGGAAGUUGUGGACAAACAAAAAGAGAGAAAGGAUUAGGGGAAUAAUUGAUUGAGCAAAUAGAACUUCUUCAAUUAACUUAAACUUUUAACUUAGAGAAAUUAUUCAAGAGAAAUUAUUCAAACAAAUUAUAUUAUAGAGUUUUAUAGAGUAAGUUCUAUAGAGUAAGUUCUAUUAGUAGUUUAGUAUAGAAAUUAUUUGCAGGAUGUCUCAUGCGUAGAAAUCUAUAUAAUAUUGUAUUAUUCAGAAAAUCCAUUGAUUACUCUUUUCUUGUUUCUUCAUAAGAGUUAAUAUUAUGGAGGAAAGGAAGAACAGAGACUAUGAAUCAAUCAAUAGAUUCAAUUCUUCAAAAACAUUAUUAAGAAACAAAAGAAUAGAGUGGUUUGAAACAUCAGAGCAAAGGAUCCGUUUUGUCAUUUCAUUUCUACGAAUAUAAUAUUUUGAUUAUGUUGACUGGCCAAUUUGUAUGUUAUGGAAUAGAUCAUAAUCUUCCUAUAAGAGUAAGAAAAGAACUCAACGGGACCUUAUCGCUCUAAUUAGACAAAGGAGGGUAAGGUCCCGUUGAGUUCUUUUCUUACUCUUUCAUGUCUACAAUCCGGUUUAUCCGAUUACUAGAGAGAUGAACCCAACCCAGAAUAUGAACCGUAAAAGAAAACACCUAUUAAACCGAUCACAGGAAUACCAGUUACAGUACCAACCAGCCAAAGAGGAAUCCUUCCAGUAGUAUCGGCCAUUUCCCCUACUUUCCUCCACAUUUUCUCAAAUGGUCGUGCUAGAGACAAAAACAGUCAUGGAUAAUUAUGAGGAUGGUAUCUUUCCGAAUGGGAUAAGAGAAUUCCUACUAUUCUCUUUCUUUCUUUCAAUUGAAGAAAUAAUUGGAAAAUAAAACAGCAAGUACAAAAAUGAGUAAUAAACCCCAGUAUAGACUGGUACGAUUCAAUUCAACAUUUUGUUCAUUCGGGUUUGAUUGUGUCAUAGCUCUAUAAUUCAAAUUAGGUUUAUCGUUGGAUGAACUGCAUUGCUGAUAUUGACCCCAAAAAAGAAACGGUAGGUACAGCUAGUCCGUGAACAGCCAACCAUCGCACUGUAAAAAUUGGAUAGGUUCGAUCUAUGGUCAUUGGGGGCCUCCUAAAAGGAUUUACUAAAUUCAUCAAGUUGUUCCAAAGAAUCAAAACGGCCGGUUAUCAAUGGAAUACCUUGUCGGCUCUCUGUGAAAUACUCGUUUGGCCGAGGACUUCCAAACACGUCGUAAGCUAAACCCGUACUGACGAAUAACCAACCCGCAAUGAAUAGGGAAGGUAUAGUAAUGCUAUGAAUGACCCAGUAUCGAAUACUGGUAAUAAUAUCAGCAAAAGAACGUUCUCCCGUGCUUCCAGACAUUCUGAGCUCCACAAAUUUUUGUACAUUCAAAAAAGGGAAUCGAUUCCUUGAAAGAUGGGAUCAGUAAAUGGAAAACUACUGAUAUUGCAUCUUUGUGAGAUCGUCAAUUUUGUACCAAAGGUUUAUUUCAAGUAUACCGAAUCAGUAUAGCUAUCCUUCCUCUGGCACAGCAACGCAGUCUCGAUCGGUACCGAAAUGCUACAUAAUUCUUUUCUUCUUUUUUUGUUCCUUGUCUAUGCAUAACUCUAUGUUAUUCAAUAGAUCAAUAGAAAAUUACUCAAAUUCCUUAUAAGAUUUCCAUUAUUGGAUUCAUAAUAGAAAGUAAAGAUCUUGGAAAAGCGUGAAUCGAUGGUUUCUAAUAAUUUAUGAAGCAUAUUAUAAUAUUCACACAAUUCAAUUAUAUGUAUGCGAAAUCUAUAAUAAACCCAUUUUUUGGUUAAAAGUUUUUUUGUUCAAAUCUUUUUAUUUCAAGUAAUUGGUUGGUCGUAUAAUACAAUAAAUAUACUGUAAUACAAAAUACAAUAGUAUAUACUAUAUUAGUGAAAGAAACAGAACAUGAAAGAAACAGAACCCAGUUGGAACAAUCCAUAUUCGUGAUGCAACCGUUAUUGUAUUAGAUCCAAAACAAAGGUUCUUUCUUGACCAAACUAGAAGUAUGGAACUCCAUGAUAUGGAAAGACAGAAUAUAGAAUCUAAAAGGAUAAUGGAAGUUGUUCGUCUUUGAAUCGAGUUGGACCUGAAAAAAAAGAAUAAAAAUAUAAAAAUGAAAAAUAGAGUAAAGGUUUUAUUUUUUUCGAUAGAUCGUGGGACACCUUUUUCUUUUCAUUCGAAAUAUUAUGUUAUGGGCAAUUAAGCAACCUAUUACUGUACUGAGUCCAAUGAGUUAAAAUAAAUAAAAGGUAAAUAGUAUCAGGCCGUUCGUUCCAAAAAGGAUUAGAUCCUAUUGAAAUAGAAAGGAAAUGAUUAAAAUGGAAUUUUCAAAUCCAAUUCUUUUAUUCCAAAA